UUGGUGCUUUCAUUGGAUCACGAGCUCCUGCAGAGGCAGCGCAGAGAUAUAAGAGUGACCUAGCUGCCAUUACGUUGACCUUUCUCAUCCAGAUCUCAACACCAGAUUAAAACUCCAACCAUGGCAUCCAGCGCAGACUCCAUCCUUCCCGACGUCUAUGAGAGCUAUCCUGUCAUUGCUCCGGCCAAGUAUAUCGGCAAGCUUGAUGGAAAAGUCGUCGUAACCGGCUCAUCGGUCGGCCUCGGUCGCUCCAUCGCCAAAGCCUUCGCUGCCGCCGGCGCAUCCAUCGCCGCAGUCGCCCGUCGCGAAAAAGACCUCCUCACCCUUGUCGACGAAAUCAAAUCAGCCAACGGCAAAGCAAUCUCAAUCGUCGCCGACGUCACGGCCAAAGGCGCCGCCCAAAAUAUCGUCUCGCAAGUUGAGAAAGAGCUAGGACCAAUAGACAUCCUCGUUAACAACGCAGGCAUUUCGCGCAUCAGCCCUUUGGUCGUUGAAGAGGAUGAUCUAGACAUCUGGUGGCGUGUCUACGAAGUCAAUGUGCGCGCUCCGGUGUCGUUGAUCCGCGCAGUACUGCCUUCAAUGAUUGAGCGGAACACGGGCGUGCUUCUCACCACUGGGUCUGCUGUGGCUACCUUGUCUUUGCCUGUCAUGACAGCUUACUCGUCGUCCAAGGCUGCCAUCAGCAAGUUCCACGAGUCUUUGGCUCAGGAGCUCAAGGAGACAAAUGUCUUGUCCUUUGCUGUGCAUCCUGGCAUGGUCAAGACUGAGCUAGGCGCUGCUGAGAACGCGAUUAAUAAGGCACAUAUCUCGCAUCCGGCCAUGCAGAGUUUCUUGGGCAUGGUGUCUAGUGCUGAUAUCAAGCGUCAGACACCUGAGUUGUGUGCUGAUACCAUGGUUGCUUUGGCAGCGGACCCUCGCUACAGGGUGCUUACUGGUCGUCAUAUCAAUGCUACUCAGGAGCUGCUACCUGUUGUGGAAGAGGCUGAGAAGGAGGGUAUGGGUCGUCUUGGUAAGGAUAGAUUGUACCUCAUUACUGUUCCUACUCUGUAGAGCCUCCGACCUCAGCGGCAUCCCAUCCUUUAUAUUCGACGGAUAUGUCCUGAUCAUUUAGCAAGAGGAUACAAAAAGGCUCAGCCUCUUCUCCAACCAUGUUCCAAAUUCAAUUCUUCACAGACGUGUGCCUGUUAUUUUAUACUGGCCAA